AUGAUCAAGGAUCCAAUGCAAGUUGGUCUCUACCCUCUAGUGAAGAUGAUAGUAGUGUCUGGUAAGGUAGUAGAUGAGACAGUAUUGAAGAGGUUAUGGAGAAGGCUUAGUGAUAGUGAUAAGGAGGUUUGGAAGAAGGAGGAUAUACGACAAUUAGCUGUACAGCGGCUUAGGCAUCGUAUGAAGAAGGAGCCAUUGACAUCGAGUAACUUCACUUCAUGGUGUGAUGAGAUGAGAUCUUUAAAAGAUCCACAUCUAGGGGAUAAUAAGAUAGUCGAUGUUACAUUGUUGAUGACUAUGCUACAACGUUUGAGUAAACAACCCCUAGAUGGGCCGACUAGUAAGAAGAGGAAUCAUCAUGAUGAGGAGGUGGUGGAGGAAGAGAAGGCUUACCUCUCCAGUGUUAAGGAGGUCAAGUCCUUACUAGCGAUUGAUACUACCACUACUAGGGUAUCAUCACCUAGGAAGAAGCAGAAGGAUGGUACACCAGUGGCAGCUACUACUACUACUACAGCAUCUAUUGAUGAACAGCGUAGUAAGGUUAGAGUAGUAUUGCAGACAAAGGCAUUGGCUGAUGAAGAGGUAGAGGCAGCUACUAAGGCGGCACUUGCCUUAGAGGAGGCACUAUGGGAUGAAUAUGCUCGAAAUGUGGUUGAUGGUCUACACGGUGAAGAUGUUCAACAACGGCAACUAGAGUUGAAGGAGUAUUACUCUAGGGUGAGAACUCUUACUUUUAACUUGAGACAGAAUGGUAGAUUAAGGGCACGUCUAUUAGGAGGAGAGGAUGAGUAUAGUAAAGUAUUAGCAGUUAUGAGUGUAGAAGAGAUGGCUACUGAGGAACAGCAAGCCUCUAGGAGGGAUGCUGUAGAAAGAGGUCUUAAGGCUGUAGUGAGGCAAGAGAAGGAGACAUUAGUUGAAGAUAGGCAGAAGAUUAUGGAUUUACAUCAAAGGAAUGAUUCUCCUGACCAACAACAAGAGCAUGAUAAUAAUAACAAUAUUGACAAGCCAUACGACUUGAGGGUUGAUGGUAACGACUUUGAUUGUACUGUUGAGAAGUUUGUGAGGGAUAUACCUCAUGCAAGGCCAGGGUCAUUGAAGAUCCCUAUGGAUAAGUUUAGAUUAGCCAAUCAACUUGAUUUUGCCACUAGUGGUGCUCUAGUAUUAACACUGAAUAAGACGGCAGAUAGGGAGACUAGUGCCCUAUUUCAGUUCCGAUUGACUAAGAAGGUGUAUAUCGCUGUAUGUGAAGGUUGGGUUGGUGAUGAUGAAUUGAUGAAACCUAGAAUCAUAACUACAGGGAUAUCAUCAGAAGGAGGAGGUAAGAUGAGUAGUACAAUAGCUGUACCCGUAUCCACUGGCCACCUCCUUUGUGAUGAUAUUAAGUGUACUGUAUACAUCCUACGCCUAUUGACUGGGAGGAGGCAUCAAUUACGAUUACAUCUAUCUUAUAUUGGCCAUCCUAUAUUAGGAGAUUAUACCUAUUCAACUCAUUUACCUAAGGGUGGUAGAGGGCCUACCUUACCAAGAAUGCUACUCCAUGCUUGGAGGCUUACACUCCCUUUUGGGGAUCUAUUACAUUGUGGGGGCAAGUUGAGGAAAAGAGGUCAACUACGGCAUGUUAAAGAUGGCACCACUAUUCAUGUUGAAUCAGAGCCUACUCUACUAAAAUACGUUACCCCAUCACCAGAGAUGGCAGUAUUAGAUCAUGCUGCCAGACUAGCUAUGGAGAUCUCCCUAUCACCAGAGGAGAUGUCGACACCAAGGCAUAGCAAGAAGGCUAGAGGAGGGCCAGCACACGACCACAACUGA